GGGCGUCCUCUCCUUCUCUGCUCUACCCAAGAGCAGCCCUCUGCCCGAGGUGUCUGUCCCUGGGCCUCUUGAGGGGCUCUGGAUGACGGCCCCUGCCCUGUCCUGGAAUUGGCCGCCUUCUGGCCGGAAGUGACCUUCCCUGCCGCCGGCAGGGUGACCACUGGCCCCCUGUGCUGGUCUGGCUCGUGGUGCUUCCUCCUUCCUGCUGUCUGUGCUGUCUGGCCUAUGGAGGGCUGGGGGGGCUGACCUCUGAGAGGGAAACGCAAAUACCCUUGCCUCAGGGUCAUCUGGAAACUUGGGAUGUAAACCGUCAGAGAGGGUCUCAAACGUUGGGGGACAGAAAAGCCACCUGUAGUUAUGUUUCUUCCUAAUGGAAAACGUAGCAACGCCUACCUUGCGUUCAUUGUCUUGGCGAAAGAGCCGUCUCUGCUCCACGAGCGCUCUAGGAACAGCAUAGGGAGACGAGCGUGCUUUUAAAAUACGUUAAUAUUCUGGUAAGCCUGUCUUUGCCGGCAGUGAUGGGGGCGCAAAACCAGGUAGCUCUUCAGCGCCUCUGAAAAAGCGUGUAACUGUGUUUUGGGACUGGCUUGGUCGGUUGUCUCUAUCCUGAUCUAGAUGGAGAAGACUUUAUUCUAUGUACUGGUUUUAGUUUAGUAGGGGAAGAGUCUUGAACGUUGACUCUCAUCUCAUUUCAUCGAAGGCUUAUUCUUGUCUGACUGUAUAUGCUGGGAGCAGUCAGGUACAGGAACUGAUCUCAACUUUACCUGAGCAGCAGGGACCCCAGGUGCUUUAGGCUCUGUUGACGUCACUCCAUCGCUCCUGGUGUGCUUUUUGGAGUAAAUAGUUGGAGCACGAGAUCAACCUCUCGCCAAGCCUGCCUGCCUGCUGGCAGGGUGUCCUCCUGGGUCCCCCUACGCGCUGCAAUCUGUCUCUGGGGACUGUGGAUAUGGACAGCAAUUCCUCACAAUGACACAUGAGAAAAUAGCAUUGGAUGUUUUAGGUUUCUAAGCGAAAGUUUGUUUUCCUUAUGUGCAACAUCCUCUUAUUUGCAGAUUGAGAAGGAAGAAGCUGAGGAGAGUUGAACUUCAGAUACGUUCCUUCUGGCCCUGACCUCUCUAGAGACAGUUCUUGGGAAACCGAUGGGAUUGAAGAUCAAGCUGGCUCAGAGCGUCUCUUCUGCUUCGCUGCCUUUCCGAUACUGGCUCGCAUUGCAAACGGUCCUCUCUGCCGGAGUGAAAGUAGCACGUAAAAAUAGGUUCCCCAGGGAUUCCCGCUUUGGAGACACAGGAAGCUGCUAACUGCCUUCUGCUGGUGGGAAAGCUGAAAACGUGGAGCAUGACGGAGUCACGGAUAAGACGGCUUGCCAUGACAUUGAUGGAUGCCACAACAGAUAAGGACCCGCUGGUCCAGGAGCAGAUCUACAAUGCGUUGUGCUACUUGGGGGAAUCUGAGCCGGAGGAGAUUCUCCGUGCCUGUGAUGAGUAUCUCCGGCAGCACGACAAGCUGGCCUAUCCUCACCGGGUGAUAAUCCUGAACGCAAUGGAAACGGUGGUAAAGAAUAACAUUGCCCUCUUGGACAAAAGCACAGCGAAGGUGGUUAUCUUUCUGGCAUCUAAUGAAAUGACCAAGUCAAAGGAAGUAGUACGUGACUGGCAACAGGCCGCCAGCAACGUCCUUGUUGCAGUGGGGCAGCGCUUCAUCAACAAAGUGAUGGAGGAGGUGCUCACCAAGUUUCAGCCGGGGAUCCUGCCGCACUAUUUCAUUAUGCAAACGUUUGCCAACCUCUCUGUGUCGAAUGUAUUUGGAAUGGUGCCUUUUCUAAACUCCAUCCUUGGAACGAUGCUGCCGAUGCUGGGAAUGGCCAAACAGGACCACAUGAAGUCUGUAUUCUGCUAUGCUCUGCAGCACUUCAGUGAGAGCAUCCAGGAAUACUUGGCGAACUUGGACAAGGCCCCAGACCCCACGGUCAGGAAGGACACCUUCUCAAAUGAGAUUUUCAGUGCAUACGAAGUGCUCUUCAACAGCUGGCUGCAGCACCGGGAAGCUAAGCUGAGGCUGGCGGUGGUGGAGGCCAUUGGACCUAUGAGUUACUUGGUGCCCAGUGAAAAGCUUGAGGAGCAGCUCCCUAAGCUGAUCCCAGGCAUUCUUGCCCUCUACAAGAAGCAUGCGGAGGCCUUCUACAUAUCCAAGAGUCUCUGCCAGAUCCUGGAAGCUUCUGUCAACAUUGGCAGCCGCAGCCUUGACAUGCAGCUGGACUCCUUGCUGGGCACCCUGCACCCCCAGAUCUGUGCUCCUGCGGAUCCAUCUAUCCCCCUGACUGUUAAAAACCACACAGAGGUUCUCCGAUGCUUCACUGUCCUCGCUUGUUCGUUCCCUGACCGCGUGCUGGCCUUCCUGCUCCCGAAGCUGGAGAGCAGCAACGAGAGGACCCGCGUGGGGACGCUCCUCAUCAUGAGGCAGAUCAUCAACAGUGCCUCCUCUCAAAUGGAGAUUAAAAAGCCCUUUAUUCUUGCAUCUAUGAAGCUUCCUCUGCAAGACAGCAGCAAUAAGGUGAAGCGGGCUAUGGUGCAGGUGAUCAGCGCCAUGGCUCACCACGGCUACCUGGAGCAGGCCGGGGGCGAGAUGAUGUUGGAAUACCUUAUCCGCCAGUGCGCGCUCCCCGCGGAUGCGAAAGCACAUCUAGGUGGGAUAAAACUCCUAAAGAAAGGUACCCUGGAGGGACUAGGCAAGUCUCCCACUGUAGCGUGGCAAGCCCAUGCUUGUAACUGCACCCAUGUAUCGAGCUCCCUGCAGCACCGGCGUGGGCAGAUCCGUGGUGGAGGCAGCGACGGACUCCAGCAGCCCAAAAAGCAGCUGCCAGAUGCCGAUGACUUCACUAGUGACAGUGUCCAGAGCAUCAGCGUCAAUACGCUCUUUCUCCUUAGCACAACUGUCGACAGGAUGAGCAACGUGCUGUGGCCGUACCUCUUGGAGUUUGUGACCCCGAUACAGUUCACCAAUGCCUUGACUCCCCUCUGCAAGAGCCUCAUGUAUUUGGCAAUGAAGAAGCAAGAGGAGGGAGAAAACGCAUCCCUUAUCCGUUACGACCUGAAUGCAAAUCUUCCUUCACCCUAUGCUAUAACUACAAGACUGCUGGUUGUAUCUUCACAGCCGUAUGUAGGAGACUGCCGGGGGACAGCUGCCCUGCGCCUGUUGAAUGUAUUGCACUAUAGUAUCCACCCUGCACUCGACCAACUUUGGAGCAAGAAGGUUCCUCCCUUAGUGGAGUACAUCGAAGAGAACACAGAGAAGUCCCUGUGCCAGAAGGAAUGGGAAGAGAAGCUACUCCUGUUCCUCCAGGAGACGCUGAUGGCUGUGUCUGACAACGCUUGGAUUUGCCAGUUCAGCAUGGAGAUGUGCAAACAGCUGAACAACUACAACGGCUUUGCGCUGGAGAAGAACUUUCUCUAUAAAUGCAUCGGAACAACGCUUGGGGCAUGCAUAAGCAAAGAUCUUGUGCAAAAGCAACUUCAGGAGCUCCUUGAAACAGCCAGAUACCACGAGAAGGCAGAAUGGGAGGGACUUGCUUCCUGCUUUGGGAUAUGUGCCAUAAAUCACCUGGAGGAAACCCUCGCCAAGCUGGAAGACUUUGUUAGGUCUGAUGUCUUCAAGAAAUCCGUGGGACUAUUCAGUAUCUUCAAGGACCGCAGUGACAAUGAAGUGGAGAAGAUAAAGAGCACACUGAUCCUGUGCUAUGGAUUCGUAGCUGUAUAUGCACCCAAGGAGCUUGUGCUCUCCAGGAUCGAAGCAGACAUUCUGAAGAAUGUCUUCCAGUACUUUAACACCAAGGUACUGGGAAUAAAGGUAGAAACCAAGGACCUGACCCUGAAGCUGUGCCUCAUCCGGAGCAUCUGCAUGAUCAGCCAAGCCAUCUGCAAUGGUGUGAAAUGUGGGGAUUUCGUCUUCUCCCGCAAAGCUGAGCUUGUGGCCCAGAUGGUGGAGUUCAUAAAAGCAGAACCGCUGGACUCGAUGCGGACGCCGGUUCGCCAGCGAGCAAUGAUCACCUGUACUUACUUGGUUGUCCUAGAACCACAUCUCAGUGACCCGGACAGGACAGAGCUGAUUGAUACAUGCCUCGCUAGUGUGCUUGCCCUUCCACCGCUGGACUCCAUGAAGGAGGGAGACGGAAGUGUAACGGACACCUUGCACAAGGAGAUGCUGUAUGGUGACACCAUCAGUGCUCUCAAAGACCUCCUCAAGAGUCUCCUGCAGAGGAACUUGACCCCUCAUGGGCUGCAGGACAUGUUUGCGCAUUUAGGCCCUUGGAUCAAAUCUAACAAAGAACAUGAGCGCCAACGAGCCGUGGAGGUCAGCGCUGCCUUGCUGGACUUCUACCUAGGCAAACUGAACGUCAGUACCGUCAUCCCCUUCUAUAACCUUGGCGUGCUCAUUGCGCUGUUCUCCCCGCGGUGCUCAGACUCCCUCGCCAGCGUUCGCCAGUACGCUGUCGACUGUGUCUACUGCCUGCUCUAUAUGCAGCUGCGUUAUGAAGGGUUUGCCCGGGAUCACAGAGAUGAGAUGGUGGAGGGACUGAAAGCUCUGAAGAAAGGCCUGGAGGAGCCAGACUUCACUGUUCUCUUCCACACCUGCAACAACAUUGCCAUGGUGAUUGGGAAACGUGUCCCUCCUGACCAGCUGAUGAGCCUCUUGCUGGCCAUGUUUGAGGGGCUGGUGGACCCUGAUAAGAACUGUUCCCGUGCAGCCACGGUCAUGAUCAACUCCCUGCUCAAGGAGCGUGGAGGUGUCCUGCAGGAGAAGGUGCCUGACAUCAUGAGCAUCAUCCACGGCAAGCUGCAGGAGGUGGAUGAAGAGCACGUCCGAAAAGCGGCCCAGCAGACCGUUUACAUUCUGGCCUCCCAGCACAAGAGCGUGGUGGUGUCCAGCCUUCUGGGCAGCUCGCUGCCGUUUGAUAGCCACACGUGCACCAUGUGGAGGUCGCUGGCCACGGAGCCAAACCUCACCUCGCAGAUCUUGGAGCAGCUCCUGGAAAAGGUGAACAAGGAUGUGCCCUACAAGGAGAGCAAAUGCUUCCUCUUGGGGAGCAGUUCUGAGCGCAUCGCAACGCCUCUCCCUCUGGCGGCCACAUGUGCGCUGUAUGAGAUCAUGUCUGCUCCCGAGUCUGGGGCAGCAGUGCUGGGACUCUACCCGCAGUUGUUUGCGACUCUCCUGCUGCGAGUCAGCUGCACCGUGGGUGUUCAGCUACCGAAGAACCUGCAGAGCCGGGAGAGGAGGAGUACUGGCCCGGCCCCCCGCAGCCUCGAGCCCUGCAGAAGAAGCUCAGCUUUGGCCCUGAACGAUGCUCUGCUUGUGCGAGUAGACCCUUGAGGCACUUGUCCUUGGAGGAAACCCAACCCGGGUUUAUUUUCCUUGCGUGUGCAGUGGGUCAGUGUUUAUUUUCCAUCGUUAGUCUUGACUCUGGACGUGCUAGAGGAGAGAUCGUAUAUCCUUCAUUAAGGAAAGCUUGGGGUUGUUUGGGUCUUCUGCAGUCGCAGCUGCUGGAGCACGUGGCUGUGGCGGAGCCCCAGAAGCAGCCCUGGACGCCGUAGGCUCCCGGAGCUCGUGCGAAAGGGGUGACCGUCCCACUGAGCGCCGCUCCUUGUCACGGCAGCUUAAUCCGCUCCUCCAGGAAGCUAAAAUAGCAGGAACCCAAGUCGUGAGCUUAAAGACCUUCACUUUGAGAUGCUCUUUGAGUGGCGUUUUCUUCAUGUGUGGUAAAUGCAUUCCUCUUGCUUGUAUUGAAGCCUAAGAUUUAUCCAUUACUAAUAUUUGUUUUGUUUUGACAGGAUAAUGUAUGUUUCCCAUAUGUUGCUCUGUGCUUGCAGCAAAAUAAUCCCUACCUAUAAAAUAUUAAUGCAAAAAAAACCUUCUUAAAGUAGUUCUGGACUUCUUUACUUUUCAGUCUAUUGUCUUGGAUCGCUUUAACGGCAAAUGUCACAGUGUAAAUGGAAGUAGCAGUGAGUUAUG